ACAAAAUCGACAUUAGCUCAUCAAAUUAUGAUGAUGCGUGCUAAGCUUGAGAAGGAACUUAAAAAGAGCAACACUAAAAGAAAAAAUGAUGUUCUCUCGAAAGUUAGCUUGGCAUUGAAGUUAAUUGCUCUCAAUCAGAAGAAAUUACCGAAACCUAAACCGUCCCCUUUGGCUGCUUCAUCAUCUCCGGCAGAGCGGUUUCCGAGGCCGAGGAAGCGGGCGGUGCUGAUCGGAGUGAGUUACAAGCGGCAGAAAUAUGAGCUCAAGGGAACUAUCAAUGAUGUCAAGAAAAUGAAGAGGUGGUUGAUCCGUAACUUUGAUUUUCAAGAGGACAACAUUCUCAUUCUCGCAGAAGAUGAAGUCGAAGCAGAUUUAAUUCCAACAAAAAAGAAUAUCGAGACUAGUAUGAAAUGGUUGAUGGAGGAUUGCCGCGCCGGCGACUCGUUAGUGUUCUACUUCUCCGGCCAUGGCUUGAGACAUCCAAAUUUUGACGGCAAUGAGGUAGACGGGUUCGAUGAAACAAUUUGUCCGGUCGAUUUUAAGGAAGCCGGAAUGAUAUUUGACGAUCAAAUAUAUUCGACCAUCGUUGAUCCUCUUCCUAAGGAUGUUACUUUACAUGCCAUUGUUGAUGCUUGUCAUAGUGGAACUGUUCUUGAUCUAUCAUUCACUUAUAACAGGGAAAGGAAGAUUUGGGAAAAUAGCAACCCUUCAAACUCUACAAGAAGAACAAAUGGUGGAUUAGCAAUUACAAUUAGUGCUUGUGAAGAUGAUCAAGUGGCUGUAGACACUGAUGCUUUUAGUAAAGAUUUAACAAUGAGUGGCGCAUUAACAUAUACUCUAACAAGUAAUGUGAAGGAGAAGCAAGAAAUCACAUAUGGGCAAUUACUUGACAGUAUCUAUACUUCAAUUCAGGAGGCUGAUCGACAAAGAUCCCUUGCUAACAGGAUCUUCAAAAGAUUCUUCACUCGCAAAUUAUUACAGAAACCUCAGCUUUCAGCUUCUGAACCAUUUGAUGUUUAUGAGAAGCAGUUUAUUUUAUAACAAGGUCUGAUUUAGAGGAAGGGUGAUUACAAGAAAGUCAUUUUCUUCUGAAAUAUGAUUUUUUUGGUGUUCUGAAACAGAAAAUACUUUGUAUUUUAUUUGUAUUAUGAAAUAGAGGAAAAAAUCAUGAAUGGAUUAAAUUCAAAAAAAUAAAUGCAAUGAUUGAACAGAAUA